AUUAACCUCGCCCUCUUGCAUAAAGACCGAAGAAAAGUACAAGUUUAGCCAGAACCUCUCAGCUUCUUCUGAUCUGAGCACUUUCUUGCAUCAAGACCGAAGAAAAGUAAAAGUUUAGACAGAACCUCUCAGCUUCUUCUGAUCUGAGCACUUUCUUGCAUCAAGACCGAAGAAAAGUAAAAGUUUAGACAGAACCUCUCAGCUUCUUCUGAUCUGAGCACUUAAAUGUUUUGUGCUGCUUGACAAAAUGCAUCUUUACAAGUUCAUUUCACGUCCAUGUUUUGAGUUCUCAGCAACACCCUCUUCCACUGAUCAUCAUGGUGAUGAAGUGGAUACAACUGGGGGGAGCAGGACCCUUGCAAAUAUAAUUCGUGACCGUGUGAGGUCGGUUGGUCUCUCAGACUCAAUAAAAUUUGAGGCAAAGAAAAUUAAAGAAGGUGGGAAGAAGAAUAUUUUCAAGCAGAAAUUUGAGGUCAGAGACGGGGAAAGGCUAUUAAAGGCAUCGCAUUGCUGUUUAUCAACUGAAGCUGGUCCUGUUGCCGGACUUCUCUUUAUUUCCACUGAAAAGGUUGCAUUCUGCAGUCAGAGAUCAGUUACCUUCAAAUCUCCAGAUGAGCUGCUCGAAGAAACAGAUCGAAAGGAUCAUAAUUACUCAAAGUACUGGCUACAAUCUUGACAACAACGCAUAAAGAAAACAAAGGGAUUCCUCGUGUUUCUGUUAAUUGAAUUGUAUUAAUUUGCGUUGUUGUUCUUGUACACAAAAGAGGCUUGACUCGUUGAAAUUGGAUACACAUGAGCAGAUUGAGAUACCAAUAAGGAACAUUAGAGGGUUCGACCUGAACGAGUCACAACAGAAGAAAGUGAUCAUAAUCACAGAAGAUAGUUCUGCAUUCCUGUUUAUGGACUUUUUGCGUUACGACAAAGCUCGUCAGAACUUAGAGGCAGCAUUAAUCCGUGGCAAUGACUGUUAAAGGAAAGGAAAUCUGUUACAAGACAGUGAAUGAAGAAGGAAAACAAAUCUCUCUGAUUGAUUGAACGAGAUUAUAGGAUAUAAAUGUAAUCAGCUUUUAUUGUAUGAUCUACUUUCCUUGAAUAGCAGAUCUGUAGUAGCACAUACUCUUGUAUAUAUUACUGCUUCACGUCUUCUGAAUAUAUAAUACAAAACAUAUAAUUCUCAA